AUCUAAUUUAGAGGUAAUAUUUUUAAAAAUGGGGCGGAGGGUGCACAUCUGAUUCUUAAGCGAUGAUACACGAUAUAAAUUGAUUGGAGUAUUUGUCCAAUUUCGAGCCAGUCAAAGAGGAAGUCACAGGACGACCUCGGAUGUCGGGAAACACUGCAGACGACGUGCACGCACAUUGGUCCCCAUUCACGUCACUGUCCCCGCGGGGGAGAGAGGGGGAGGCAGAGGGCGGGAGCUGAAGAAAAAAAAAAAUCGAGACAGUGUUCCAGUCUCCCCCACAGAUGCUGACGGUCUCUCCGUCCGUAUGAGGAAUUAGCGUGACGAAUAGACCCUGGACGACUAACUUGUCGCCCCCCCACCCUCCUCGCGCUUUGCGGAGUGGUCAAGCGUGGACGAAGCUGAGGACGAUGCAGCUUGGAUCGUGCGCGCUUGUCUUCAUCUGCUCUUGACUUUGUUGGAUGACCUCAUCUUAACUGCCGGGCACUUUGUUGAGGUCUGUCAUCCGCUUGUUUGAAACAGCAGUCGGACGUUCCAAGAGAGAGGCCCCCCCCCCCGCCCCCCCGACCAUCGAUGCAUUGAUGCACCCCUCCCAGUGGUGCAACGGCUGCUUCUGUGGUCUGGUUCUGGAUUAUUCCAACAAAUCGUGCGCCAUGCCACCCAUCACCUUCCAGGACCUGCCGCUCAACAUCUACAUGGUCAUCUUCGGCACGGGCAUCUUCGUCUUCAUCCUCAGCCUCAUCUUCUGCUGUUACUUCAUUAGCAAACUUCGACAUCAGGCCCAGAGUGAGCGCUUUGGAUACAGAGAGGUUGUUUUGAAAGGAGAUCCAAAGAAGUUGAACGUGCACGGGCAGACGUGUGCGGUGUGUCUGGAGGACUUUAAAGUGAAAGACGAGCUGGGAGUGUUGCCAUGCCAACAUGCUUUCCAUCGAAAGUGUCUUGUGAAGUGGUUGGAGGUACGCUGCGUCUGCCCCAUGUGCAACAAACCCAUCGCCGGCCCCCCUGAGCACCACAGCAUCGGCACCCUUCUAGACGAACUCGUAUAACCCAACAAGUCGCUUCCCGCCUCGGCCGGAGCGGUGUCGGUGAACUUACCGCCACAUGACGUGACGGGAGGCUCAACCUUCGACGGCUGCGGUAACAACACGACAACACUUGGGGUGAGCUGAGCACCCAGAAAAAAAAUAACAUGUCCCUCUUGGUGAGGGAUGCUGUUGCCUGGCAACCGCUCCCGAGACUGGAACCCGUCGGCUCGGCGCCUUCUGUUGUGGGGAUUAUGCGCGGCCACCCACGCGUCCCUCCAACUGCGCUUCUUUCAAUCUUGUCCACCUACACAUCAUCUCAUUUUACCCUCAAGGGAGGUCAACAGCAAUUUUUGUGUUUUGUUGACCUAAUCGAUGACCUUCAAGACACUUGCACAAGAGCAUUAUUAUGUCGACAUGUUGUGAAGAAGACUACCUUUGAAGAGAACAAAGCACUGGAGCAAGGACAUACUGGGUAUCAAAAAUGAACAAAUACAGUGUUUUAUUUUAAUGAUAACUUGAACUACAAUGUUACACAGAUGAGGUAUAACAAAUUUGUCCUACAUGUACAACAACUUUUUUUUUUUAUUAUUAUUAAUUCAAUCUUUGUGGGGAAUAAACACAAAGUCUUCGUUAGGUGGAACCCUCACGUGUCCAAAACCAUUAGAUUUUUAGGAAAUCAAAUUAAAAUAUGUAUUAUUAUUAUUAUUUAAUUAUUGUUUUGUUUACAGAGCAAUUGAGAUUGCUCAAUAUUGUGGAAAAAAAACACCACCCCCCGGCAGAUAUUGACUACAAUUUUCUUUAUUAAAGUUAGUUAUUAAAAAGAUACUUAUUAAAAUGUACUAUUUCAAUUUGAAUAUUUGAAAUAAUUAUAAUAAAGUAGAAUUAAAAAAUCAAUAAUAGUUUUGAUUUACCAUAAAAUAUGUAAAGACAAAAUACAUUAUAUUUCAAAAAAUAAUAAAAAUAGAAUAUAUAUUAUAAAAUAUAAAACAUUGGUUUAUAUAUAUGGAGCAUUUUUGCUCAAUUUAACAAUGUUAUAUUGGACCUGGAUAGAUUGUGCGGGUGCACCUAAUGAAGUGUCCCGGGACUGCAACAGCUGUGUGGUUCUAUCUCGAAGACAAAUGCACUUUACAUAAGACAGAUCACCCCAGAGGCACCCUCUCAAGUGAUUAUUGGUGUCUCUGUAUUUUACAUUCCACAGUUUUUUCCUUCAGCAAAACACUGCCUAAGCUGAGCACAAAUGUCACAAACCACGAAUGAAUUUAUUUAAACAAGGUGUGUCACUGUGCAAUUCAUGUGCAAAUAGAAUUGUCCAUUUUUUGUAAAGUAACUGUUGUAAAUGACUGGAAGCAACAUUAAAUCUACGUGUCUGUUUCCAA